CGACCCCUCCUUCCCCUCUUCAUCCACGUUUGCUUGACUAUUCUCGUUACGACUAUUCUCGUUACGUUGAGGAACAUGACAUAUUGACAUGGCACUGGAAAAGGGGGCUCUCAGAGCGGACAUCUCCACCAGGGAGUCUUCUCCGGUGCUUGCAGCUGGGAAGACAUCUGAAGCUUCUGAGGCUUCUCUUGUCAACGAAGCGGCUGAAAACCACGAUGAAUCAGUCAGCAUUGAUAACCAUGUCUCGAACUUCACUAGACUGGCCGGAAUGGCUCAGUCUCCAGCAGUACCACCAAACGUACAACCACUCCUGGAAUCACUCUUUGCUUCCCUUGAAAAAUUUCAGAAACUCCAGCAGGAGUGCAUCACCGAAAUUUCGAGCAUUCUUCAAGGAUCACCUGCGUCUCAUGUUGUGCGCAAUUAUUUACCAGACACCAUCAUCCCACGAAUGCGUACGGUGGGGUGGGAAGACUUUCACAGAUCUCACGCCGGCUCAGAGGCACAAUACACCAUUGACAUUUUGGGCGAAUCGACAACGUCCUCUAUCAGCGAGACGGUCGCCUUGUACGGUUUCCGGGUCCCUGAGCGGAUCAGAGUCAACUCUGCUCGUGUCAUAUACACGAUCAAAAAUAAGUUCUUUGCCACACAUGUCGAGGACUCUAGCCCCGUUACUCGGCCAUUGAUUAUUCUUCGCCCAUUUAAACGACUCGUCUAUGACGAACAACACAUGAAAGCUCUGAUCGGCGAACUUGAGGCGCAGCUGGAUAAAGGGACCAAAAUCGAGUCGACAGAAGACUUCGCCAACUUCAUGCAGCGCUUUACGCGUCUCCAAGAUCACAUCAAGUUCUUGAAUCUCUCAUGCUUUGAAGAGUUUCACUUUUAUGUUAAAGAGCUUCGAUGUCUGCUUGACUUCAUGGACGAGCGCGUAGAGCCGUCACGAAAGCGGCUUCGAACAGAAACGGAUAUCGUGUCGUUCUCAGAGCUUUGGUUUCUAUACCCAGAAGGCACCUACAUAUUCAUCAAAAGCGUCGGCUCGGCGCAAAGAGUCUGGCGUAUCAUCCAAAGGACUGGAGGUCGACGACCAAUGACAUCAGUUGUCUCAAAGCAAGAACGGCCGUCCGUGCAUAAUUUGACCAACUUCGUCAUUGAUUGCUAUUUCAUCGAUUACAAUGGCUCGCGAUUCUUUCCAGUGUAUGGAAGAUUUGAGAUCGAGGCGUUUGAGGGGAGAAAAGCCGUUGCUUCACUCCCUGUCGUUCCUAUUCGCAUUGCUGCGAAGGAGGGCCUCCUCCAAGAAGAGGCAGUGAUUCAGCGCAGCAGGUUAUUCAUUCAGUAUUGUACGAAAACCAGCCACCUCUACUACAAUGGCUGGAGUCAUCAUCGAGAACCGAAUGGAAAAUCACUUCGAAGCCAUUCCAAUACAAAGAUCGACAGCGAGGUCAUUAUAGAUUUCGAGAGGGCGGUAGCUGAAGAUCCGUCUCUGGUCGAACAUGAGACAGAUCCUUCCGUUUAUAGAAUCUCGGAUGGUGAGCUUAGUGGUGUCGAUUUGGAAAUCGACAAUGACUCGCAUUGGGAUCAGUACUCAUCCGACGAGCUCUGCGGCAACAUCCAAGUACCCGACAACGACGGAAAUCUAGCCGGCCAUGGGGAGUGUAUGCCUAUUUUCCCAGACAGGGUUUUUGGCUACGUCUUAAAGACUCGCACCUGGGCAUCCCUCCGGAUUGAGGCACUCAUGGCCAUCCAACCCGGAGCGGACUCUUGGGAUAGAUUACAUCUGCCAGGCGGCCAUAAGGACAUGAUCCGGUCACUGGUCUCUGCACACUUCGAGAGAAACCAUGAUAACACUGGAACACAAGAGAGUCUUGACCUCAUACAAGGAAAAGGACAAGGUUUGAUUUUGCUUCUUCAUGGAGAACCGGGAACUGGAAAGACUUCCACAGCUGAAUGUGUAGCUGCAACUACGAGCCGUCCACUCUUGAAAAUCAAUUGUGGAGACAUCGGAAUCGCCCCCGACCAGGUCGAGCGGACACUCGAUAACAUGUUCGGCUUAGCUCAUGCUUGGGGUUGUGUAUUACUUCUAGACGAGGCCGAUGUGCUGCUGGCCAAGCGAAGCAAAUCCGAACUCGCUAGGAAUGCUCUUGUGUCUGUUUUCCUCCGAAUGAUCGAGUAUUACACUGGACUCCUUUUUCUCACGACGAACCGAAUGAGGGCUUUUGACCCCGCUUUUGCCUCCCGAAUCCACGUCUCUUUGUAUUAUCCCAGAAUCAACGAAGAGAUUACUUUGAAGAUAUGGCGCAAUAAUAUUGACAGGGUGUCGAGAUCUCGACCAGACAUAAAGAUGGACGAGCACGCUUUGAUUGCGUACGCAGCCAAGCUGUACGAAGCUCAAUGUCAUCAGUACACUCGCAUUCCAUGGAAUGGUCGACAGGUCACAAAUGCCUUCCAAAGUGCUCUGUCCCUAGCAACUUUCAGCGCUCCUUCUGACGGACGUCCCGAGCUUACCACCGCGCAUUUCAACCAGAUUUCUGAGCAGUCACAGCUGUUUGAUGCAUAUCUAAAACUACCUCCCUCCACCAGAUAUUAUGACACUCAGCGUCAGUCAAGAAACAAUCUCCGUCCGGGCACCUCGGCAAUUUCUCUAGGUCCCGGCUCCAGUAUCGAAUCGCUAUCCCCUAGCGAUCACUCGCAGAGCGACGACUCCUCAGAUAGUGAAUCUCCUGUUUUUCAGCCAGGCCAUUCGUCAAAACUCCACAAGCCACCUGCUCUGCAGCCCGGCCUUCCGGCAGCAUCAACGCAGCUACACGAACAGCAUCAGCUCCCGCGGAAUCAGGCCUUCUCUUCAGCCUCACCGCCUCAUGUGAAUCCAUAUCUAUGGCCACCACACACGCAACAACACUUCACCAUGCCUACGGGGAUACCUUACAAUAUACAGACACAACAGCCAUGGCCAGUGCCGAUGCCACCAGUUCCCCAGCAACCGAGCCAAUUUCCCGUUCCCUCCACAGCACCUUAUAUGACAGCUUUCAAUCCUUUCCAACAUUAUCAAGGCCACUUACAUACAGACACACAGGCCAUGCCAGCUCAAACAACACAGCAACAAUGGCAUAGGAACAACGUUUCGAAUUCUGGCACGACUGUCACACUCCCAUUUUUCGAUCGUACUGCUCCGUGAUUCCAGCAACAAGAUGAUCUUUCAAAUCAUCAGUCUCACUUAACACACUCGACAUACGCCACCAGGGCCAGGCAUAAUAAGAAAGAACGUCAGAGGGAAAAGAAACGUCGAGGAUCGAAUGGGAGCCAGGCAGAACAUGAAUAUGAAGGCUUUUGGAGCCGGCUUACGAAAGAUACAUGAACAUUCGUGAGACAAGGGGAGCAAGAUUUGAAAAGUUGACUAACACUUUACGG